AUGGAGUGGCAGAAUGAGGAGCAAACUCUCGGGGACCCCAGCGUGCGGUCUCCUGGAGAUUCAAGGUGUCAGACCCCAGCUAAGGCAGGGCAGGAAGAAGGAGUGGGGUCAGAGGUGGCUACCUUGGGCAUGGAGGCGGACCGCACGAGCGUGGACGGGCUUUGGGAGCUCCCUGUGGAACCAGCUGAGCAGAGGCCAGAAUGCAGCUACUGCAGCUGGCCUCAAAAAGUAUGCUUAUGUCCAUUUCUACGAGUACAUCCAUUACACAUCUCUACGCAUUUGUACAUAAUUCAGCGUCCAGCAGACGAAAGCAAACAGUUAUGGACAGUUCCUCUACUAGCUAGCUGCCUACCCCAGGAAAAGUGUAACGUCAAGAUUGGUCAUUGCUUCAGUGAAGAAAGGGAUCUUGAACUUUCAGCUGUUUGCCGAAAACCUUAUACAUUAAUAUAUCCAGGGGAUGAAGCUGCUAAUUUGAAUGAAUUUAUAUUAGAUUCUCCUGUUUAUCCUUCCACAAUUAUCAUCAUUGAUGGUAUAUGGAGCCAGGCUAAGGAUAUUUUCUAUAAGAAUUCCUUGUUCCGACUUCCCAAAUAG